AUCAGAAGUGAGCAAAUCCUGAGCCUUCAUUUGAAUACAAAACGUACAAAUAGAGUUACUCCGAGCGCUGCGCGUUUUUUUGGAGAGACACAGCCAUCAUGCCAGACCCGUCCAAAUCGGCUCCUGCGCCCAAGAAGGGUUCUAAAAAGGCCGUCACCAAGGCGCAGAAGAAGGACGGCAAGAAGCGCAAACGCGGCCGCAAGGAGAGCUAUUCUAUCUACGUGUACAAGGUGCUGAAGCAGGUGCACCCCGACACCGGCAUCUCGUCCAAGGCCAUGGGCAUCAUGAACUCCUUCGUCAAUGAUAUCUUCGAGCGCAUCGCCAGCGAGGCCUCCCGCCUGGCGCACUACAACAAGCGCUCCACCAUCACGUCCCGCGAAGUGCAGACGGCCGUGCGCCUGCUGCUGCCGGGCGAGCUGGCCAAGCACGCUGUGUCCGAGGGCACCAAGGCUGUCACCAAGUACACCAGCUCCAAGUGAGGCGUUUCCCGGCGUCCUGAACCCAAAGGCUCUUUUCAGAGCCACCCACACGAUCGAGAAAGGGUUUCGAACACGGUGAAGGGUUAUGUAACCUAAUAUGUCUCCAUGCGCCCUAGCGGUUGCCGGGUGCGGCCGAAUCUGAGCCUCCUCUGUGUGUGUGUGUGUGUGUGUGUGUGUGUGUGUGUGUGUGUGUGCGCGCGCCGGCAGAGAACGAGAAAAACUGCUCAUUACAGAAAUUGGGGUAGAAACAGUGCUCAGGUGAUGUAGCUCAGUAAUGUUGGGAGCCAAUCAAGGACCCCCUCUCCACCCCCUCCCUCCGCGCGGACAUAUUAACACGCGACGAGACUUUUUGUGUUUUUUUUUGAGACGGAGUCUGCUCUGUUGCUAGGCU